GAACAUGCGGUGGAAAACCCCUAUGGAGGCAAAGCACCCGGGAGAUCAGUCUGCCUAUGUUUCGGGUUAGCUAGCCAGCUCGAACUAUAUUCAUUUCUAGGUCUAAGUUUAUAUUUAUAUAUAUUUGUCCACUUAUUCUCUUUAAUUUCGCUGUGCGUCAGCAGCAGGCUAAGUCCAGAUCCACCAUGUCUGCCAAAGCCAUCUCGGAGCAUACGGGGAAGGAGUUCCUCUACAAGUACAUCUGUACCUCAGCCGCUGUGCAGAACCGCUUCAGAUACGCCAGUGUGACAUGUGACACUGACUGGGACCGGCUGACGCAGGAGCACCCCUGGCUUCUCACAGAGCCACUGGUGGUGAAGCCAGACCAGCUGAUCAAGAGGCGAGGGAAGCUGGGCUUGGUGGGAGUCGACCUGGACUUGAAGGGCGUACAGGAGUGGCUUCAGCUUCGCUUCAUGAAAGAAACUACAGUGGGAAAGGCCAAGGGCAUUCUGAAGAACUUCCUUAUCGAACCCUUCGUAGCUCACACACAGGAGGAAGAGUACUACAUAUGCAUAUACGCCACUCGAGAGGGCGACCACGUGCUCUUUCACCACGAGGGUGGCGUGGACGUUGGAGAUGUGGACUCCAAGGCUCAGAGGCUUCUGGUGCGCGUGGAUGAGAAGCUGGAUCCAGAGCUUGUAAAGAACCACCUCUUGUCGAACGUGGCGGAUGAUAGGAAGGAGGUCCUGGCCAGCUUCCUCUUAGGCCUCUUCAACCUGUAUGAAGACCUGUAUUUCACCUACCUGGAGAUUAACCCUUUGGUGGUUACCAAAGAUGGUGUGUACGUGCUAGACAUGGCUGCCAAGAUCGAUGCAACAGCAGACUAUAUCUGCAAGGCUAAGUGGGGCGACGUGGCGUUCCCCCCGCCCUUCGGGAGAGAGGCCUAUCCGGAGGAGGCCUACAUCGCAGACUUGGAUGCUAAGAGUGGGGCCAGUCUCAAGCUUACAGUGCUUAACCCACGCGGGAGGAUCUGGACCAUGGUGGCUGGGGGCGGGGCGUCUGUGGUUUACAGUGACACAAUAUGUGACCUGGGUGGAGUGGACGAGCUGGCCAACUACGGCGAGUAUUCAGGGGCCCCAAGCGAGCAGCAGACCUACGACUACGCCAAGACCAUCCUGUCCUUGAUGACCCGAGAGAAGCACCCAGACGGAAAAGUCCUCAUUAUUGGCGGUAGCAUUGCCAACUUCACCAAUGUCGCAGCCACCUUCAAGGGCAUUGUGAGGGCCAUUAAGGACUACCAGGGCCCACUGAAGGAGCAUGAGGUCACCAUCUUUGUGCGUCGUGGUGGCCCCAACUAUCAGGAGGGGCUGAGGGUGAUGGGAGAAGUAGGAAAGACCACUGGCAUUCCCAUCCAUGUCUUUGGCACAGAGACCCACAUGACAGCCAUCGUCGGCAUGGCACUGGGCCACCGGCCGAUCCCCAAUCAGCCACCCGUGGCUGCACACACAGCCAACUUCUUGCUCAACUCCAGUGCCAGUGUUUCGACUCCAGCUACCAGCAGGACGGCCUCCUUCUCUGAAUCCAACUCUCCCAGUGAUGUCACACCUGCAAAAAGACUAGCAUCUGGCAUCCCACCAGCUACUGCUUACUGCGCUUGGUGUCUGAAGGAUGCUUUCACAGGAAGUGACAUAGAACAGCAGAGUUCCUCUGACAGAGCUGGAGCAAAAGCCACAACGCUCUUCAGCAAGCACACCAAGUCCAUCGUGUGGGGCAUGCAGACACGAGCAGUUCAGGGCAUGCUGGACUUCGACUACGUCUGCUCCCGGGACGAGCCCUCAGUGGCUGCCAUGGUGUACCCUUUCACCGGCGACCACAAGCAGAAGUUUUACUGGGGCCACAAAGAAAUCCUGCUGCCAGUUUACAAGAACAUGGCGGAUGCCAUGAGGAAGCACCCUGAGGUGGAUGUGCUCAUCAGCUUCGCCUCGCUGCGCUCUGCCUAUGACAGCACUGUGGAGACCAUGCAGUAUUCCCAGAUCCGUACCAUUGCCAUCAUUGCUGAGGGCAUCCCAGAAGCCCUAACCAGAAAGCUCAUCAAGAUGGCGGACGAGAAGGGUGUCACCAUCAUUGGCCCGGCUACGGUGGGCGGCAUCAAACCCGGCUGCUUCAAGAUUGGGAACACUGGGGGAAUGCUAGACAAUAUCCUGGCCUCCAAGCUGUACCGACCUGGCAGCGUGGCCUAUGUCUCCCGCUCAGGGGGGAUGUCCAACGAGCUCAACAACAUCAUCUCCCGGACGACUGAUGGAGUCUUUGAAGGUGUAGCAAUUGGGGGAGACAGAUACCCUGGGUCUACUUUCAUGGAACAUGUGUUGCGUUACCAGGACACCCCUGGGGUGAAGAUGAUUGUCGUCCUGGGAGAGAUUGGAGGUACAGAGGAGUACAAGAUCUGCCAGGGAAUCAAGGAGGGCAGAAUCAGCAAACCUGUGGUCUGCUGGUGCAUUGGAACCUGUGCCACCAUGUUCUCCUCAGAGGUGCAGUUUGGCCAUGCCGGAGCCUGUGCCAACCAGGCCUCGGAGACGGCUGUGGCCAAGAAUCAGGCCCUCAGGGAGGCUGGGGCUUUUGUGCCCCCGAGCUUCGAUGAACUGGGAGACGUGAUCAGGAAAGUGUAUGAUGACCUCGUUGUAAAUGGAGUCAUAGUUCCUGCACAAGAGGUGCCUCCGCCAACAGUACCAAUGGACUAUUCCUGGGCAAGGGAGCUGGGCCUGAUUCGUAAGCCCGCCUCCUUCAUGACCAGCAUCUGUGACGAGCGGGGCCAGGAGCUCAUUUAUGCCGGCAUGCCCAUCACUGAGGUCUUCAAGGAGGAGAUGGGCCUGGGAGGGGUUCUGGGGCUUCUCUGGUUCCAGAGGAGGUUACCACGGUAUGCCUGUCAGUUUAUCGAGAUGUGCCUGAUGGUGACCGCAGACCACGGCCCUGCUGUCUCCGGUGCCCACAACACCAUCGUCUGUGCCCGUGCGGGCAAGGACCUCAUCUCCAGCCUGACAUCAGGCCUGCUAACUAUCGGCGACCGCUUCGGCGGGGCUCUUGACGCCGCCGCCCGGCAGUUCAGCAAGGCCUUCGACAGCGGCCUGCUCCCCAUGGAGUUUGUCAACAAGAUGAAGAAGGAGGGCAAGCUGAUCAUGGGAAUUGGGCACAGGGUGAAAUCGAUCAACAACCCGGACAUGAGAGUUCAGAUCCUCAAAGACUUUGUGAAGCAGCAUUUCCCAGCCACACAGCUGCUGGACUAUGCCUUGGAUGUAGAGAAGAUCACCACAUCCAAGAAACCCAACCUCAUCCUGAAUGUGGACGGUUUCAUUGGCGUGGCCUUCGUGGACCUACUGAGGACAUGUGGUGGAUUUACAAGGGACGAGGCAGAUGAGUUUGUGGAGAUUGGUGCUCUGAAUGGAAUCUUUGUCUUGGGCCGCAGUAUGGGCUUCAUUGGACAUUACCUUGACCAGAAGCGACUGAAGCAGGGUUUGUACCGCCAUCCCUGGGAUGACAUCUCCUACGUUCUUCCAGAACACAUGUCCAUGUAAUUUCGUGAACACUGGACCAGGCCCAGUUGGCAGACUGAGGAUGACCACCUUAAUUUCCAUCUUCAUUACUGCUGGUGAAUACAGAGGGGAUUGAUUGUGACACUAAAGGACAAGGAAGGAUCUUUAUAGGCCGUCACCGAAGACUAACAUCGUCUUUUUUUGUGCGUUUUUUUAGUUUUAACAAAACUUGAUUGGAAAAACCUAAUCAAACCAGUGCAAUCUAUAAUUGAGGUGGUACUUCAUGUAGGAGGUGGUUAGCAGGAAUUUUAUUGUUAUUAUUUUGGAUACGGUAAAUUGUUCUUGGACACCUAACCCGGCCUGUGUUCGGUAGACUGUCUGUGGACCUUGUUUAGGUAAUUCCUUGCUUACCUCUGCAAAGCCGGCUACUCUUCCAUCCAUUAGACCAGCUACUGCUGCUGCAGUCUCGCUGCUGUUCCUUCAAAGACCUCAGCUAGCACCGUUAAAGCUUCGACAGCUCUGUCUCCCUGCGCGGCUUUUAGAAGGGGCUGUGUAAAUCGAAAUGUGUUGUCCAGUGAAGGAAUCGAGAACCCAUACAUUAAUACAUCAUACUCUUCACUCUCUAGAGAAGUUUUAAGGGCACGUUUAACGGGGAAUUGUUAGCCAACGUACCCGGCAAUGAAUGUGUAAGUGUGAGAAAAUUGUUGUAUGAGAACACUAUGAAGACAUUUAACACUCACCUGUGUGCACCAAAGCUCAUCUGGUCUGAGCUGUUCUUAGUCGAGUAGGGCCAUGUAGAGAUUGGACCAGAGUAUCAUAUGGACAACUUCUGACUGUCUGUCUUAUUUUUGGUCUUAAUACCAAAUUCAUACUAAUCUUUUAGUCUCAAAGCUAAACAAUAUUGAAACGUGCUUAAUGUAUUGUUUUUUUUUCCUUAAGGUUUUUUUUUUGUUAUGAAUUUUAAAGGUUUAAUUGAAUAUAUACAGAUAUUAUAUCCUGAUUUGAUUAUCUCUUGCCUGGUUUCUGUCCGGGUAUUUUUUUUCUCUCCCCUCCCCCCUUGCGGGUAAUUAGUUCAGACGACAUUGGCUAAAUAAGAGCCUUUACACACUGUGAGGGACCAUGGCAAGUGGGUGGUUGUGCUCUCAUUGGAUGUGGCUUUUUGAUGACAAGCAGACCCUCCUGAUAGUCCUGCGUAGUCCUCCAAGCAGAGCUUGCCAAAGUUUAGUGCUGCACCUUGGUAUUCAUGCUUGCCUCAAGACUCAAAUAGACCCCAGUUUUUUGAAAGAUUAGCCUGCUAUAUUCUUUUAAUGUAUUAUUUUGUGAUUUCAUGUGAAAUAAAUAAAUGCUUCUGUGUUUUAAUAUAAUCUAAGAAUGGACUGUAGAUUAAUAAAGAAUCUUAGCUCA